AUGGCCCCAUCACGCCGUGAAGCAGAAGCCUCCGUCCGCUCCUGGGGCUAUCCUCACGUCUUCACAUGGACAGACCAUCCCAACGCACACUACGCACCCCAUCAACACAGCGGUCCAACAACCCACCUCAUCCUCAAAGGCUCACUAACAUACACCUACCCCAACGACGCAGCGCCGAAGAAAGAAACCAUCGGGCCAGGCGCAAGGUGGGAUGUCGAUGCAGAGCGCGUGCAUGAAGUAUGGGUGGGAGGAGAAGGGUGUGAGUAUGUCAUCGGGGAGAGUUGA